UCUCCAAGACAAUUCAUUUCGAUGUUUUUAAAGUUAAAUAAAAAAUUUAGCGACAUGUCAUCAAAACAAGAACUCGACCUCAUUAGUUUGAAUCCCCACAGAAGAUAUAUAACUGGAAGAGUUGUCAUUCUUUUCAUAGUUAUUCUACAACUUCAGUCUCCGUUUUACUUAUAAUAAUAAAGUUCUAUGAAUAUGAGUAAAUUAUCAUAUUAUUCAAUAUUAUUCGUCGUUAUUUUUGUUUUCAUCGCGAUUACUGCUGUAAAUGGAGGAGGAGAUGGAGGAUUUCCAAAUUGUGCUUCUGGUCAAAGUGUACAAUGUGCAUCUUUAACCUGUCCACCUGGUACAGUUACUAACGAUUUAGAUGAUCCAAUUGGUUUCUGCUGUUGUGGUCCGGUUUGAAUUCUUAAAAUGAUGUGAAUGAAAUGUUUCAAUACUUAGAAGAUUUCUGAAUGAAUAAAUAUGAAGCAUUUAAUUAAAUUUUUCUUUUAUUUUUGAAAAGC